AUGACUGCUCAUUUUCAACGUGCUCGCGCUGCUCGGUUGACACUCCUCAAUCAUGUGUGCCAAACUCCUUUGUUUAUGCCUGUGGGCACACAAGGAACAAUAAAGGGAUUGACAAAUAGUCAGCUUGAGGAUAUAGGUUGCCAAAUAAUACUUGGAAAUACUUAUCACUUGGCCCUUCGACCUAUUCGGCUUCUUGAUGAAGUUGGUGGCCUUCAUAAUUUUAUGAAUUGGCAAAGGGGUCUGCUUACAGAUUCUGGUGGCUUUCAAAUGGUUUCGCUGUUGCAUCUUGCUGACAUCACAGAAAAAGGUGUGACAUUUCAGUCACCGGUUGAUGGAAAGCCGAUGCUUCUAACACCAGAGGAAUCAAUUCAAAUCCAAAACAGAAUUGGAGCAGAUAUCAUUAUGGCUCUUGAUGAUGUUGUAAAGACCACCAUUACUGGUCCACGAGUUGAGGAAGCUAUGUAUCGAACACUUAGAUGGAUAGACAGAUGUAUAGCAGCUCACAAGAGACCUCAUGAUCAAAACUUAUUUGAUAUUGUUCAAGGUGGUUUAGAUCCUAUAUUGAGGGAUAUCUGUGCUAAGGGUUUGGUGGAGCGCAAUUUGCCUGGCUAUGCUAUUGGUGGUCUUUCAGGCGGUGAAGAUAAAAAUUCAUUUUGGCGAGUUGUUGCUCAGUGCACUGCUGCUUUGCCAGAGGAUAAACCACGAUAUGUUAUGGGAGUUGGUUAUCCUCUUGAUAUUGUUGUUUGUAGUGCUUUGGGUGCUGAUAUGUAUGACUGCGUGUAUCCCACCCGUACAGCACGCUUUGGCACUGCUCUCAUUCCUGAGGGAGUAUUGAAAUUAAAACACAAAGCAAUGGCUGAAGACACGCGUCCAAUUGAUCCCACUUGCCCUUGUAUGGUUUGCAAGAACUAUACCAGGGCUUACAUCCAUUGCCUUGUGACAAAAGAUGCAAUGGGAUCUCAGCUUUUGUCGUAUCAUAAUUUAUACUACAUGCUGCAGCUCAGUAGGAAUCUACACUUUUCAAUAGUUGAAGGAAGGUUUCCAGAGUUUGUAUGUGACUUUCUACACAAAAUGUUUCCGAAAGGUGAUGUUCCUGAAUGGGUCUGCAAUGCUAUGGAGGUGGCUGGAAUCGACAUUUCUUCCUGCUGUGCUCCAUUUUCAUCAUGCGAAGAAUCUGUUUCUAAAAGCAUGCCCGAAGAAGUUAUUUUAGCGGGGUAAAAAUGAUACAGAGAUGAAUAGAAUCAAAAGUUACAUUGAAUAGAUACAGUGUAGUUUACUAUGAUUUCUUGCGGCAUAAAUUUUGUAUUCUGCUUAUGCCGCCACAGUAAAAAGUAUGAAAGGUUAGGAUUAUAAUUUAUACUAUAUCCCUUUAGGUUCUUCUUUAUCACGCAUAUGAAGAUUCGUCUUGUAUGCUAUAGAAUGUAACACGAUGUAUUGUUUUUGUUUCCGAAGUACAGUUAGUGAGACAUUAUCU